UAUACUACCCAACGAAACAACAAUGGAAGAACCCAAAAGUUGCUUAAAGCCUAUUAUCUUUAUCAAUAUCGACAUAUCGCCUACACAAAGCCAGACUUUUAUUACAUACCUAGAAAAAGAUAGACAAGGUGGACAGAAGCAAAAAUUUGAAUGGUAAUAGUGAUAGGCGGCAGAAUGUCUUGUAUAAGAAAGUCCAACUAAGUUCCAUUUUAUUGCAUAAUAGUAAUAUGCGACCAUUGAAUAGUUUCAUCAAGCAAUCAGAAAUAUAUCAAAGACCAGUACUACAAAUAUCAAAUAGACUGAAGUUAGGUUUAGAAAAGAUUUUUGGUGACUACCUUGAAUUAUACUCAAGUUACAAAAAAAAUGGGAAAAAAAGAAUACCAGCAUCAAAAUUACUUGGCCGGGCUUUCCAAAAUAUGCGGAAGAGAAGGAUUUCAAGUAAUGUUGAAUGGAUAAAAACAAGUAAAAAUCGACCAAAGAAAAUCAGAAAAUUAUUUGUUUCCUCAAACCCAAACCUAUUUGAACAGCUUACGGCAAACUUUGACAUGGACGAUUUUUUUGUGUCAAAGGACGAAUUUUCUGCUUCGGAUAGCAAGUUAUUUACUACAUGCCAUCCAGGUUACAUGUAUUUUUUUAUAAUCACAUAUCAGCACUGUCUCAACAAGCAAAUAGAGAAAAAAUUAGAAAGUAAUGUAGGAUCGAAUUGGCGAGCCAACAACAUUUGGUAUAGCGUCUCUAUUGAUAAAAACCAAUUGGAUACUGUGUUCGGCUCAAUAACAAAUUUGGAAAAGUCUUUCUUUGCAAGCGGAAUACUCAUGAAGGACGACGAACUUCGAAAAGCAAAAUUCUGCACCCGUGGUGAAGAAAUUCUACCAGCUAUCCAACACAAGUAUCAGCAUUUGGACUUUAUUUUGAAAUCACACUUUGUUGUUGCACAGAUAUCUUCAAAGCAUAUUCAACUUAGUUUGCAUCAAGUGGUCAAACUGGCAUCACCUGGAGAAGAUCCAGCGUCCAUCAUUAUUCAGGAUGAAAUAAUACAUAUCCAUGAUCUAUAUGAUACACUCUGUAAAAAUAUUAUGAAGAGCCUACAAGUCAAUUGUCAAGUUGACUAUUGCACCACCCACAAGAGUCAGAAAGAUACACAAUAUGAUUUCCAGUUAUUAGAGAUAUAUAACAAUAUUUAUCGAAAUUUAAAACCAUGCGUUGUUGAACUUUUGGAAAAAAACAAAUCAAAUUUGGACAUGGAUUCCAAAAUACAGCUGGAUAUCAACACAAAAUGUGGUUGCAGUAUUAAUAUAUUUCUUCGUGACAUUAUUGAAGGAGGCCUUAUGUCAGUGAUAGAAAGUAUGGCAACAGAUAUAGUGGCUUCUUUGACCAACAAAAAGUUAUUUGGAAACUAUGUACCGAAUUAUAUUUUUGUGUUUGGAGAUCCGUUCAAUCUGGGGCAGGGUUCACCGAUCCACAAAACACACACCAUGCUUUUGCAAAAAGCGAUUGAUGACGGCGUAUAUAUUAAAGAAAAAGAUACAAAGAUAUGUGUACUAAGAGAAUCUAUUUACCAAUUACUGGAGACAUUUUUAUCUGGAAAAAAGCCUUACAUGUUUGAUAGGUUUGUCACUGGAACUUUGUGCCAAGUAUCAAGCAAUACAUACGGGAUUAAUAUUUCACCAUAUGAUAUAGACGAUUACAUGCCUUUCACCCGAAUAAACAGUGAUGGUGAUAUCAAAAAUACUAUUUCAGAUGACGGUAGUUAUUUGGUAUUUAUUCAGAAAGGGAAGCCAGUUUCAACAAAAGGGCUUAUAAUUCAAAUCAAUGAACCUAAAGAUGUCAGAUUAAAUAUUCUUCAAUUAGAAAGUUCAGCCAGUACUGUUCCGGACAAGUAUACUCUAUUGCGCGGCGACACUCCUGGUGGUACUUAUGAUAUACUCCAAUAUUGCGUCGUAUAAUUCUAUUAGAACAUAUAUGGUAGAAUAUGAGCAGAUUAGCAAUUACUUAUCUAUCAAACUAUCGAGAGAAUGUAUGGGCAAUAUUGAUGAUUAUAUUCAUAGAUCUUAUUACUCAA